UAUACUGAACAGAUGAUGGCGAUGUUGAGCUUGUGGUGCCAAAAACAUCUAAUGAAGAGAAGGAAUGUCAACACAUUGCGUAAAACAAAAGCUGUAACGACUCAUUUAGUUUUAUUUGACUGAGAAAGAUGAAAUUUGAAAACAACAGAAGCAAUUUCUGCUAAGACAUUAUAUAUUGUGGACGUUUUGACAUCCCCGUGACGGUGCGAGUAUUUAAAGAUUGAUCAUGGAUGGACCAGAGGCCGGUUGUUCUCAAGAUGCACCGCCGGAUACUGCAAAGUCUGAAACUGAAUCCAGCACGACUUUAACACCACACUUGUUGGCCAAAAUAGAACGUAACAGACAGCGUGCGUUGAUGCUCAGACAGGCAAGACUCGCCAGUAGACCGCUUUCAACUGGAGAAGGUGCCACUUGUGCCAAAGUGGCAAAAACAAUAGACACUGGUGCAGGGUUCUUUAUUGAGGAGGAGACGGCUGAAGAUGAGCAGCAGGAGAGGAGAGUGGUCCAUCAACCAGCCCCAGUGAUGGAGCCGGAUUAUCUGAUUUGUGAUGAGUGUCAAAAGCCGUUUAUGGACUCGUAUCUCAGCAACAAUUUCGACCUUUCUGUGUGUGACAAAUGCAGAGACAACGACGAGAAGCACAAGCUAAUAUCUCGCACGGAAGCGAAGCAGUCUUACCUUCUGAAAGACUGCGAUUUAGAUAAGAGGGAGCCGCUGCUACGUUUUAUCCUGAGGAAAAAUCCGCACAACCCGCACUGGGGAGACAUGAAGCUCUACUUGAAGACACAGGUAGUGAAACGCUCUAUGGAGGUGUGGGGCACCGAGGAGGCUCUGGAGGAGGCCAAAGAUACUAGAGAGGAGAACAAGGAGGUGCAGAAACAAAAACGGUUCAAUAAGAAAGUUAAAGAGCUCAGACGGGCGGUGAGAAGCAGUAUGUUUAAAAAAGACACCAGCGUACACCAGCAUGAGUUCGGCCCUGAGGAGCUGCUGGAUGAAGAAGAGGAUCUCUACAGGAAGGUGUGUCGAACCUGUGGACAUGAACUCACCUUUGAGAAAAUGUGAAUGGUUUUUAACUCCUCACGGGAUGGGGACGGGUCAGCAAAGGACAUCAUUACUUCCCUGUUCUCUUCUUGUUUCAGUAGAUGAACAUUUAAUGAACAGAAAUUCAGUUGAUGAACUUGGAUGAUGAACAUCUUCUCAUCAUCACAUUCUUCUCAAGGACUAAACUUCUAGAUGCUUUGGUGCUGUUGUCUUUUUGUCACGAGAGGGUGCUGUUGAGCUUCUAUUAUCCAGAGCUUUUGAUAUCAAAUAUUACACAAGGUUGAGGUUGUGUCCUUGAUUAUUAGGGUGAAUGUCUUAACACUGUUGUGGUAUUGAGGGCACUCUACAUCUGUGAAAUGGAGUUUAAAUAUACAAAUUAACCUCAUGACAUUGCUGCUGCAUACAUAAUAUUAAGAACACGACUAGAACAGAAAUUGUGUUUUGACAUGUCAUUUUUCUGUAUGUUGUAGCAUUAUCAUGUGGUAAUGUAAUGUUAGAGAAGAAGCAACAUCAAUCUGGUGAUCUUCCUACUCAGGAAUAUGAACGAUUUCAUAUUUGGUGUUUCAGUUUAUGUUUGAUUACAGAAAGUGUUAGACAAACAACAAGUCGUGGCAGAUACUUUCUAUUCUUUCAUAGAAAUUAUGAAUUUAGUUGCGCACAAGAAUAUGUUUGUGUUUCAGAUUUUUUUUUUUGAUUUAAAAUAAACCUUUUUAAAUAUACCCUA